UAUCCUUUCUUCCCACUUAGCUUAGUCUUUAGCUUUAUGAACCUAGUUGUGUUAUAGUCUUCAUCUGCCUUGUGGUCAGUUUUGGGUUCCAGACAUCGAUUCCCGUCCCAUCACUCGUUAUGCAUUUCCCUUACAUGUUACUGGCGCUCGCAGCCAGCGUCACCGCGGACAACACAGCGCAAACGAGACGGUCCGAUGAAAGGGAGUUGACACUUAAAUCAAGAAGACCUAUCGAAAUUUCUCAGUCGCUUGCUGCAAGGCUCGCUUCAGUCGACAUAAAUCAUAAGGGAGUGGUUGUCUCUAGGGGUCCACGAUGUGAUCCUAAUAACGGCGAGCCCUACCUUCCCUUUUGUGACCAGCUUCGCGACCAGGAUAAGGGAAAGGAGAACGAUGACAAUGACGAUGACGAUGGCGAGAAGCAUCACGGCAGUGGGAUGAUAGCAGGAGCUGUAAUAGGCGCUUUUAUUGCACUCUUAUUCCUUCUGGCCGUGUGGUAUUUCCUCCGUAUCCGACCUAGGAGGAGACAGCGUAUACUAGAGCAGCGCAGGAAACAGGAUGAGCUCGAGAGCAACUAUCAAUUUUCUCCCCAGGGCACACAUUUACCAACUCCGCCAACCCGAUCCAUGCCCGGAAGCCAAAAUCCCUCCGAGCAUAAUGUCAGGUUCCAACGUACACCUUAUCCGGGAGAUGUCCCAUCUCCAUCAAUGACAAAUUCGUCGAUGUCUGGUCUGGCUUUACCAACUCCGGCACUUACAUAUUCUCCAUCGGUCACAUCCAGUGCCGUAUCUCCAUUGUCCCCAAUACCGGCACACGGAUUAAGCGACAAGCCUCCCGCAUACGCAGCGGUAGCAGCCCUCCAGUCCUCCGAGCCGCAACCCGAAGCGAGCGCGUACCAGAUGGGUCAGACACCCAUGCCGUUAGAACCGCCGAUGUACCAUCUGACAGAAGCACCGGGGCCCGCUGUUAUGGAUAUGAAAGGGGAACCUAUUUCCCGAUACUAAAAAGAAUAAUUGUAUGAUGAGAGAAUGCAAAGCGUCUAGGCAAGGUUAUCAGU